AACGAGAGGUUAGAGAGAAUGUCAUUUAUAAAGCUAUCGUCUUCCACAACGACUAGCUUUCCUUCGAGAACGGAGAAGAGGCGAAAGAAAUGGUGUCGCUGAAGCUCCAGAAGCGGCUCUCAGCCUCAGUGCUCAAGUGCGGCAAGGGCAAAGUAUGGCUCGACCCAAACGAAGGCAACGACAUCGCCAUGGCCAAUUCGCGCCAAAACAUAAGGAAGCUAUUGAAUGAUGGAUUUAUCAUCAGGAAGCCAACGAAGAUCCACUCACGCUCCAGAGCACGUCGUAUGAAGAUCGCCAAGAUGAAGGGACGCCACUCUGGUUACGGUAAGAGGAAGGGUACUAGGGAGGCGAGGCUACCGACGAAGGUGUUGUGGAUGAGGAGGAUGAGAGUGUUGAGGCGUCUUUUGAAGAAGUACCGUGAGUCGAAGAAGAUUGACAAGCACAUGUACCAUGACAUGUACAUGAAGGUGAAGGGAAACGUUUUCAAGAACAAGCGUGUGUUGAUGGAGAGUAUUCAUAAGUCGAAGGCUGAGAAGGCGAGAGAGAAGACUCUGUCUGAUCAGUUUGAGGCUAAGAGGGCUAAGAACAAGGCUAGGAGAGAGGAAAGACUUGCCAAGGGUCCUGGAGGAGAUGUACCUGCCGCUGCACCACCUGUCUAGACAGCAGAAUAAGGUCUCAGCGAAAAGGUCUAGGUCUAAGAAGUGAAGAUUUUGUUCGUUAGUGUAGUGUCUUUUCUUUAGCAGAUAAUUUUGCAUAUGGUUUUUGUGAUUCGGCUUAGACAGAACACUUUAUUUGUGACAAGUAUGAGAACCUUAGUCAGCAGUUCGCUGUGUUUAGUCUUCAAAUACUUUUUAUUCCAUAUCAUCUCAGCAAUAUGCCCUUUACGACU